GGAAAAACCUUCAUCGUUACAAAAGAGAGCCAAAAGAUACCGACCGACCCACCUCCGUUGCUUUGCUCUGCUCUCCCCUUUUGCCCAUUUCUUCUUCCAGAGCUUCCCUCGCAAUAAAAAUCAUUGCUUUGCAGAUAAGCCUGCUCGGGUCGGAAGGAAUCUCGACAUUUUCUCUGAGCAAGAAAACUCUGUUGUUCCUUAAAGACAGGAAAAGAUCCGUUCUUUGGUCCAUCUGAAUUAGGAUUUGGCCUAUUCUUGGUGGCCCAGAUAGAGCGGAACUCCCUGUUCUAAGGGACAAUUCUUGUUUUUGAUUCGUGUUUUGGUUGCUGGGUCGGUUUCAGUUUAUGCCAUGCCGUUUUUUCGUUGAUGCAACAGUCAGAAAAGAUUCGGCUUGCAGCGGCGUGAAUGUUGGGUUCUUGAAGUUUGAAUUUUUAUUCUUUUGAGCCCUAGUUGGAAUUUUUCGGGGCAUUGGUUUUGAGGGUUUUGAUGCUUCUUGUUGUAGUAGUGAUUGGAUAUGUGUAAAUUGAUUGCGGUUUGAGGUGGUGCUCUGUGUUUGAGCUGGUUGAAUCGUGUUCCGGAGGUAGAGGGAACCGAUUCUUGUGCAGAAGUUUGAUAAUUAAUUUGUAGUUUGUCUGAUCAAUUGGUUUCCGCGUUAUAGAUACGUGUUUGUUGUCUAGGUGAUUGGGUUUGUGUGGAAGCUGUUGAGCUCUUAGAGAUUAUAGAUUCGAUUUCUUAAUUUGGGGUUUGGUGAAUUUUGCCGUUCUGGCGGUUCUGGGGUAAUAGGUAUUCGAAAAGGAAAAGUCUUGACUGUGCUGGAUUGAAGUCAUGAUGAAGAAGAAGAGCAGUAAGAAGAAAAAACAGCCAGGACGAAGCUUGAGUAAUCUGAGUCAUGGAAAAACGGGAGAAAGCAGCCCAAAAGCAAUUGAUGAGGACACGGCUGUGUUCAUAGCGUUGUCUCAGGAGCUGAAAGAUGAGGGGAACCGACUGUUCCAGAAGAGGGAUUACGGAGGGGCUAUGUUGAAGUAUGAGAAAGCCCUCAAAUUGCUCCCGAGGGCUCACAUCGAUGUUGCCUACCUCCGGAGUAAUAUGGCCGCUUGCUAUAUGCAAAUGGGCCUGAGCGAGUACCCUCGAGCAAUCAAUGAAUGCAACUUAGCUCUUGAAGUUGCACCCAAGUACUCGAAAGCUCUCAUCAAGAGGGCGAGGUGCUACGAGGGCUUGAAUCGGCUUGAUUUGGCCCUUAGGGACACCAACAAUGUCCUGAAGAUGGAGCCCAACAAUCUAAUGGCGUUGGAGAUUGCUGAGAGGGUGAAAGCUUCUCUCGAAGAAAGAGGGCUAACCGUGAAAGACGAUGCCUCCAUUGAGUUGCCCCCUGACUAUGUGGAGCCCCCUUCAUCAGCUUUUAAGGCCGCAAAGAAAUUCAAAGAGAAGACGCAAAAGAAGAAGAACAAGGGGAAGAAGGCAUCUCCUCCACAGGGGAGUAACGAGAAUCAAGUUUUGAACAGUAACCAUGAGGAGAAGACUGAAGAGAAGAAGGCUGAGGAUAAGCUUGUGGUGGAGGAGAAAAUAAUGAAUGUGAAUGAGGAAGUGUCCAAGAGGAAUGUGAAGCUAGUGCUUGGGGAGGAUAUAAGGUGGGCUCAGUUGCCUAUCAACUGCAGCCUCCUUCACUUGAGGGAGGUUAUACAGGACAGGUUCCCGAGCUCCCGUGCAGUUCUUAUCAAGUACCGGGACCGGGAAGGUGAUCUAGUCACAAUCACGUCUGAUGAGGAGCUCCGGUGGGCAGAGGCAUCAGCCGAGUCUCAGGGCUCGGUCAGGCUUUAUGUGGUGGAAGUGAGUCCCGAGCAAGACCCGUUCUUUGGAAAAAUUUCAGUGAAGGAGGGUGUCGAGAAUCAUAAGGUUGAAGUAGACAGCAACACGCUAUCUGAGAAUGGGGAUUUGGUUAAACCUAAGGAAGCUGAGAAGCAUCCAACUUGCAUAGAAGAUUGGAUAGUCGAUUUUGCUCAGCUGUUUAAGAACUAUGUGGGGUUAGAUUCCGAUGAGUACUUGGACCUUCACGAGCUGGGGAUGAAGGUAUACUCGGAGGCAAUGGAAGAGACAGUCACGAGUGAGGAGGCCCAGAGCCUAUUUGGAAUGGCCGCAGAGAAAUUCCAGGAAAUGGCUGCUCUUGCUCUGUUCAACUGGGGGAAUGUCCACAUGUCUAGGGCAAGGAAAGGCAUAUAUUUGAACGAGGACGACUCAGAGGAUUCCUCUCUCCUUGAGAGGAUUAAGGACACUUAUGAGUUCGCCCAGGUGGAGUAUAAAAGGGCCAAAACAAGAUAUGAGGAGGCCCUGAAGAUAAAGCCAGACUUCUACGAGGCUCACUUGGCCCUCGGGCAGAACCUGUUUGAGCGGGCAAGGCUCUCCUGGUACUUUGCUAUUGGGAACAACGUUGAUCUCGAGAACUGGCCAUCUUCCACAGAGAUUUUAGAGCUCUAUAACCAAGCUGAGGAUAGUAUGGAAAAGGGGAUGCAGAUGUGGGAAGAAGCAGAAGAGAGAAGGCUAAAUGAGAUCUCGAGACCGAGCUCCACUAAACUCCAAAUAAAGAAGCUGGGGCUGGAAGAGCUAUCAGGUGAUGUUUCCUCAGAAGAGGCUUUAGCUUCUCAGAGGGCUUCAAGUGUGAGGAAGCAGAUCAAUCUCCUCUGGGGCACCAUGCUUUAUGAGCGCUCAAUUGUUGAGUUCAAGUUGGCAUUGCCUGUUUGGCACGAGUGCUUGGAUGUAGCAAUCGAGAAGUUUGAGCUGGCUGGAGCUUCGGAGACUGAUAUUGCUGUUAUGGUGAAAAGCCACUGCUCGAAUGAUAGCACAGUUGAAGGUCUGGGGUUCAGGAUUGAUGAGAUAGUACAGGCAUGGAAUGAGAUGUAUGAAGCCAAGAGAUGGCAGAGCAGGUUCCCAUCAUUUAGGCUCGAGCCACUAUUCCGGAGGCGGAUCCCCCGACUUUAUCAGGCCCUUGAAAAUGCUCAGCUACAGUGACUCCCCGAAUGUGUGAAACAGGAUAUCGCCCUUCUCGUAUCUCAUUGCUUUUGGAACGUAAGGUCUUCCGAUACCAAGGUUUUGUUCCCUAUUCCUCGUACUUAUGAAGUUGAUGUCGUUCUUAGUUCCGAUUCCCAUGCUGCUCCUGCUCUUCGCAAAGGGGAUGGCAUUUCACUUCUUUUGGUUACAUCAGGAUGGGCUUGCAGGUUCCGAUCAACUAAAAGCGCCUUCUUGCAUUCCAUGUUUUUUCUUGGAGAUGUUACUUAUAGUCAGAAGAUACGGUAUUGCCUUAGUGAUUCAUUGUUCUUUGGGAAGGUUGUAAUAAUGUAGAACUAGUAAGGGUUUGUUCUCUCUCUGUUUAUGUAAAUGAUUUUGGGGGCCCGGGGGGUGGGGCAAGGAAUGAAAAAAGAAUUAGUGUUAUUGUCUUGUAGGUCUGUAAUCCUCAUAUAAUUCGGUCUCAGUUAGUCUAUGCUGUAUUGUUAGUCCUACAGUGUCUUUGAUAUGAUGAAAACAGAAUAGAUACGGGUCGUUAUACAUUUAAUGUUGGAUUCUUGUUUAAUGUUGGAUUCUUGUUUUUUAA